UCACCCAGUGGCUUCCAUGGCAAAGGUGAGGCUACAAGUCACCAUGUCCUGCUUUCUAGCCCUGCCCCUUCGCCACUCGACCAAACUGGCUCUUUAGCGGAAGCUCAUAACUCUGACUUUCCCAUUCAGGCUUCAGCCGAGGCGGCUACAACCAAAGCCGUUGGGGGAGCGGAAACCGAGACAACAAUAACAACACCCGAGGCAGCUACAAUCAGAACAACCAGCAGCAGAGCAGCUACAGCCCGCCACGUGACCAGAAUCCUUACAAGAGCAGUAGCGUGGCUCCUGCCCCUCCUCCAGCCCUGGGCCCUGCCACCAACCCCCCUCCGGUGUCGUACAAUCAAGGACCACAGCAAAGUUACAGCCAGCCCUACAGCCCCCCUUCCAGCUACAGCCAAGGGGGCUACACUGCUCCCAGCUACAACUACGGGAGUUACGGCACUUACAGCCAAAGUUACACCCAGCCUCCUCCUCCGCCAGCCCCAACUCCACCAGCCUACAGUCAGCCCAACUACAACCAGUACCAACAGUACACCCAACAAUGGAAUCAAUACUAUCAGAACCAGGGUCAGUGGCCUCCGUACUACGGCAACUACGACUACGGGAGCUACACGGGCACCUCGCAGGGCAGCUCAAGCACACAGUGAUAGCUCGGGGAAGGUGUCGUUCUCCCCCCCACCCCAACCCCUCACCCCCCACCCCACAGGGAAAAGGAACAGCACGUUCUUAACAGUGACGGGCAUUCCUGAAUCUUGAGAGAGAGAGAGAGCCGGAAAAGGGGAAGUUGGGUGUCUCCACCCAGUUUCCCUCUCUAGAGUUCUUGAGAAUGGUUGCGUUUUUACUUGUACAGCUAGGCAUGUUAUGUCCUUUCUGCCAUCCUUCAUGAGGGAAAGUUACAUGGUUCCUUGUCUCCUUGUUGAAGAUCAUUUUAACUUCCCCUCAAACCCCCCCCCCCCCUUUAUUUUUCCCUCUUCUUUUAAGAUUUGUUUUAUUCUGUAAGAAACUAGGGUCUUCAGCGUCAUAAAAUUGUACUCUUUUUUUUUUUUUUUUAAGGCCAGGACCCAUCCAGAUAUAUAAACUUCCUGCAGUAGUUGGAGGGGCGGGGGCAGCAUCGGAAGGGGCUCCCGUAGGAUGUACCGCCAUUCUCUCUCCAGGGGUAUCCGCAGGGGAUGGUCCAGUAAAGAGAAGAGAGCGGUCACAAUGCACAUUAGGAUUUGGGUCUUGUUGUGGCCACUGUUUGUGGACUGCCUCCUGCAGACCCCCCACCCCAAAUUCUCUCCACCCCACCUCCACCCAAUCUGCUAGUGACCAUAAAUUCCACACCUUUUGGAAACUUCUCGCAGUUUGGUGUCACCUGUCUUUGAGGUGUUUUUAUCUAUUUUUUUUUUUUUUUUUUUUGCAAAUAACCAUUAAAACCGGAGGGGAGGAGAAAUGGCUUAACAGUAAUUAUGAUUUUUUUUAAAAAAAAUAAAAAUAUUUUUUUUUCUGUAACUUUUUACUGUGGGUCAAUAGCUGUUAAUAUUUUCAUCAAGAUAACAAUUCUGUUAGUUCAGUACAGGAGAGGGUUUUAAAAAAAAAAAAGGGAGAGAAUCAUCUUAAAUGUGUAACUUUUUAUACGACGUUUCAGUUUCUGUAACUCUGAACCUGCUUUGUGUUGAGUUGAAUUGUAACAGCUUUUUGUAUUUGGAGAAAAAGAAUGAAUAUUGAACUUUAAA